AUAGUAAACACACUACCUCCCUCAAGACAAACACGCCUCCCCUUUCCCUCUCCUCUCCUCUUCCCUUUUCUCAUCCCUCCACUGCGGCACACCACCACCACGAGCCACAUAUUCUUCCUCCACCGGUGAGAAGCCACCAGUGAGUAGCCACCGGUGAGAAGCCCCGCCUUCCUCCCUCACGGCACCCAGCAGCGGGCACCCAGCAGCAGUGGCUGCUUUGUUCUCUUCCUCCCCCUGCAGCAGCGUGAGUCUCCAAGCAGCGGCAGCCACCUUCGUGCUGGUUUUCCCGGCAGCAGCAGCCCAACACCGCCAUACCAACUCCUUCCAUCUUCACCCUUCUCUUGUUUCAUCUUAGACAACACUUGAUUUUUUUCUGGAUCCGCCACUUUCAAGUUCUAAGUGAUUAUUACAACCAACAAACUAGCAAAGCACAAAGGAUUUAAGGGAGAAAAUAGAAAGGGGAGAUGGGAUUGACGAAUUUUAUGGUGACAGUAGCUGCGGUUACCGCUGUAGUCCUCCUUGCCAGAAGUGACGUUAAACAAUCUGCUGCUAUUUUUCGACGUAAUGUUCGUCACAUUCGUAAUUGGCUUGAAGAAGAAUCUACUGCCGCCUCCAAGUCUGCUGAAAAGGCGAAACCCAAAGAGCUAGAGUCAGAGCUUCCUAAAAAGGACGGGACAAAGGGAGACACCUCAGACAAGUAGUCACAUUUGGAAAUUAGUUCAAGUUUUGAGUUCAUCUGAAGAUUAUCAUCUAAACGGAGAAACAAUAGAUUUUACCAUCUUUACCGAUUUUGGUUUCAGUUGAAGCUAUGUUUUUGAAAUAAUAGAAAACAAUGAAAUUAUA